AUGAGGAGCGAGCGAUCGUGUUUUUGGUCCAUGCUUCAGGCUCUGGUCUUAUUGCCCACCAUGGCUUUGAAAGAUUCACAAACUACAAAGAAGUUUCCGGAAGAGCCUUCCUUCGAGAAACCCAUCGGCAAUCAUACUUUUUUUCUUGGGAGGGAGGCUGUACUUGGCUGCUCUGUUACAAAUCUGGGGAAGCAUAAAGUAGGCUGGCUUCGAGCGGAAGAUCAGACAGUUCUGACCAUGCAUGAGCGAGCUGUCCUAGGGUCUAGAUACGCAGUCAGUCUGGAUUCCCCUAGAACAUGGCAACUGCGAAUUAGGCCUCUACGCGCAGAAGAUAGGGGCUGUUAUAUGUGUCAGAUCAACACUCAGCCGACCAUGACAUGGCAAAUCGGCUGUAUUGAUGUUUUUGUGCCACCAGAUAUCGUUAGUGAUGAUACAUCAGGAGACGUUUCAGUGCAAGAACUAGAAAAUGCAACACUAACGUGUAAAGCUACCGGCCAUCCUCCACCAAAAAUUACAUGGAGAAGGGAAGACCAUGAGCCAAUAUUGCUGAAGAAACCUUCUUCAAGAGAUUUUGACAAAGUUGAGAGCUACGUUGGCAGUUCAAUGCCGCUUUGGAGAGUGGAUCGGCGUCAAAUGGGCGCGUUCCUCUGCAUCGCCUCGAACGACGUGCCGCCAGCAGUCAGCAAACGGAUCACGCUAAACGUUAAUUUUGCACCCACUGUGAAAGUGCCAAAUCAGCUGCUCGGAGCACCUCUCGGUACUGACGUGAAGCUCAAGUGCUACGUCGAGGCCUACCCUAACACAAUCAACUAUUGGAUUAAAAACCGAGGGGAAAUGCUUUUGGAUGGUCCAAAAUACAUCAUUCGAGAAGAAAAAUCAUCAUACAAAGUGUCAAUGUGGCUGACUAUCAAGCAAUUUUCGAAAAAUGACAUCGGCACCUACAACUGUGUCAGCACUAACUCACUAGGCAAGAGUGAAGGGACGUUAAGACUCUAUGAAAUAAAGCUGAAUUCAUACUCUGAGGACUUCAGCAAUCAAAUAAGCGUCGCAGGAGGUCUAACUGAGCCAGCGAAAGGAAACUCCCAGAGUAGACCCCAUCUACAGACACUCUUGUUCUUACUUAUUUGUAUAGUCUAUCCUUACAUGUUAACG